CAGACACAGUACGAGUCUUAAAAUCUUCUUCCUACUUAAAAAUGGCCCGCACCAAGCAGACUGCUCGCAAGUCCACCGGCGGCAAGGCGCCCCGCAAGCAGCUGGCCACCAAGGCCGCUCGCAAGACGCCCGCUACUGGCGGUGUCAAGAAGCCUCACAGGUACCGACCGGGCACCGUCGCUUUGCGUGAGAUCCGCAAGUACCAGAAGAGCACUGAGCUGCUCAUCCGUAAGCUCCCCUUCCAGCGCCUGGUGCGUGAGAUUGCCCAGGACUUCAAGACCGACCUGCGCUUCCAGAGCCAGGCCGUGCUGGCCCUUCAGGAGGCCGCUGAGGCUUACCUGGUCGGCCUGUUCGAGGACACCAACCUGUGCGCCAUCCACGCCAAGCGUGUGACCAUCAUGCCCAAGGACAUUCAGCUGGCCCGCCGCAUCCGUGGCGAGCGCGCUUAAACACCCAGAGGAUGGCCCUGGGUCCUCUGUAACUCCGACGAUAAAUAAAACCGGUGUUUCUCAACACCACCUAUACUGG